GAACGUCGUUAGCUUGGUCGUACCACUAGUAUUGGCUAGCUGUUAUAGCACUAGCUCUAUAGUAUUUAGCUAGCAGGCCAAUUUACCACCCCACGUACACGAUGCUAAGACUAGCGUUUGCUGUCAGCCUGCUAGCUACGUUGUAGCUUGUUAAAAUUGUAGUUAAUCUAGUACACAUGGCACAGUGUAUUAAAGAUUGAUCGAGAUUGUUUCGAUGUGUCCUCUUGUGAUUCAGGAGAAAUGGGAAAUGUAAGAUUACACUUUAUAUAUUAGCUAAAUGUCUUAUUUUAUGACACUGCUUUGGGGAUGUAUGUGGUUGCUGCAUUGAUGACAGGCUGUCGAGCAACAUAAUGUUGUUUCGGAGUUGGCAGGGCCUGUACUGGUCUUUGAAAGAGAAGAGGUUUGGCAGGUUUGCUUGUACAGCUGUUCUUAAGACUGGAAUGUGUCAUGGCCUACGUCAUUGUUAAAUUGUAACUUUGUUGACUUCUGCUCAAGUAGAGGUUGAUCUUGUGUGUUGAGAGAGAAUGUUUGUGUUACCCCCUUUCCUUACAUUUCUUGGCACUGAGGCGGGGUCUAAUUCUAGAGGGGAGUCAGGUGAGGUGUCUGAGAGUUUUCUCAGGCUUCUUGCUCUGUAAUGCUCAAAUCUUCUGUAGUAGCACACUCCCUUCGGUUCUCCUGUUGCCUCCUUCAUUUGUUAUCUGGGUUCAAUAACUGAGCUCAACUGAUUGAGUGAGACCAUGCCCUUCUUAUUGGGAAUCCAACAGAGCCAACUGGUGUGCCUUGGAAUCAACAACCAGAGCUACUUAUGCGAAUAUGGCCAUUGCUGUGGAGAGACCCAGUGUUGCAGUUACUACUAUGAACUCUGGUGGUUCUGGUUGGUGUGGACCAUCAUCAUCAUACUGACCGGUUUCUGUGUGUGCCAGCACCGGCGCGCCAAACUGCGCUUCCAGCAGCAGCGCAGACAGCAUGAGAUCAACCUCAUCGCGUACAGAGAGGCUCACAACAACACACAGACGCCCCUCUAUCUUAGAUUAAUACCAGACUACCUGCUGCCACCCUACGAGGAAGUAUUUGACCGCCCCGCUACGCCUCCCCCUCCCUACAGCCCCCUGCAGUCCUCCUCUACGCCCACAGACAAUUCGAAUCGUCCUCCCACCCCUCCCCCCCCGUCCGAUGCCACGCACCCUGACAACCCCCCCACUGCUGCUCCCGUGACGCAGGCGGAGACGGGAAACCUCUGCGCCUGUGACAAAGACUCGACACCGGGCCGGUUCCGGCGCUUCACUGGCGAUUCUGGAAUCGAAGUGUGCGACAGCCAGGAUCUCUGGGAGCAACAUGGCACUCUGGGGAAGGAGGAGGAUCACGAAGAGCAGGCACAAUGUGAAAUGAGUGGCCCCCAAUGCCAGGCUCCCACUGAUGGCCAGAUCCAAAUGCACCACACAGUUUGAGGCCCACAACCUCAGCAAUAAUGAAUAAGUCAUAGAGUGAACCUGCAGAGCAUGUGAUGAAGGAAUUCAGAAUGGGUACUAUUGUUCUUGUUGCUCAGGUAUGAUGAGUAUGAGGGCUCAUGGUUCUUUCCUGAUGUCAGUGUAUCUAGAAUGUAUUUUCUAGAUUCCUUGGGAAUGUAGCACACAGUUAACCUAUAAAAGUUAUUUUAUCUCCAAAGCCUGUUAUCUGUUUUGCCAGAGUGCCAUGUGUAUGUAGGAUUUCUAGAAUAGUGUUCUAGUGUUCUGUAAGUGAUGAUUAACUCAUCUCCCUAGCCUUAUCUACAGAAGGGUUUUCAGCCUAUUGUUUCUACCUUAGAUUAACUCUUAUCCACUGAUAUGUCUCAAGCAGAAUAGAAUGUUGUUUAUUGCAAAUUCGACUUUAGUCAGAAUCAAUACUUCAAUACCAGCCAAGCAGGACGUGAAACUCUCCGAUUACUUUUUGAUUGGACAUGCCUGGAGUGCCAAAGACGGCUUGCACUGUGAAGCUUUUCAUAUGGUUUGGCAGGCGAGUCCAAUCAAUCACAGGCAAAGGAUUUGAAAGCAUUUACCCUUCUGUUUGGCCGAAAGAAAUUGUUUGUUUUAGAUGCCAAUACAGAAAACGAAACGGCUUCAGAGAACUCUUAACAAAUGAAUCUGCUCUAUAUUGCACUUUUUCUACCUGCUGCACUGUAAGCCUGUAGACCUAUAUUCAUACAGGGAUGGGUGUAUAUUGGUGUACAUAUAAGGAUCUAUGUUUCAGUUCCUCAAAGUAGCUGAGGUGCUAUGUAUUAUAAUUAAUCUUUGUAUUGCCUACUAAAUGAAAUUAUAUUUUUGUUAAUUGAACACUUUUUGUACAAAAUGGUGUAAAUGGCUAUUAAAAAUGUUCAUUUAACAUU